AUGUUGAACGAGUUAUCUUCUCUGCUCUCUGCUUCUCUUCUCCCUUGUCUCCCCAUUUCCCACCUCCUCCUCAUGCCGUCCCCGUCCUUCUCUCAUCCGUCUUUUCUUUGCGUUUUUUCAUCUUUGAUAACCCCCCUCGCUCCAAGCUGCCGCUGCGUGCGU